AGACAGCUGGAGGAGAUAAACAGAGGAGGAGGAGGGAGGGGAGUGCGUGUGUGAGAGCGCGCGAGGGAGUGUGAGUGUGUGUGAGCGCGGGUGUGAGGCGGUGCGCAGGGGCGGGCGGAGGCGCUGUCCGGCCUCGGCCAGGCGCCGGGCGGGGAGCAUGGGAAGAGGCUAGAGCUGCCCGGGCCCUCAGCCCCCUUCCCGGGAUCCGCGCCCCUCACUCCCGGGAGAGGGGCCGGGCCCCCGGACGGACAUGGGCUCCUGAAGUUGCGCUGCUGCUGCUGCUGGUCCCGGGAAGAGACCUGACAGGUAAUUAAAUGUGUAUCUUGUGGGCCUGGUCUUGGCUGGAAUGUACAAGGGUCCUGAAGAUCCUUCUCUAGCUUCCUUCUGUUGAACUAAUUAAGAGAAGAUGGCAAAAGUCAACAUAACUAGAGACCUCAUUCGCAGGCAGAUCAAGGAACGGGGUGCCCUGAGCUUUGAACGGCGCUACCAUGUCACUGACCCCUUUAUCCGGCGGCUGGGCCUAGAAGCAGAGCUGCAGGGUCACUCAGGAUGUGUCAACUGUCUGGAGUGGAAUGAGAAAGGAGACUUGCUGGCCUCUGGUUCCGACGACCAGCACACGAUCGUGUGGGACCCACUGCACCACAAGAAGCUGCUCUCCAUGCACACGGGACACACUGCAAAUAUCUUCUCUGUCAAGUUCCUGCCUCAUGCCGGAGACCGUAUCUUGAUCACAGGGGCAGCCGACUCCAAGGUGCACGUGCAUGACCUGACGGUAAAGGAGACUAUCCAUAUGUUUGGAGACCACACAAACCGGGUGAAGCGCAUCGCCACCGCACCCAUGUGGCCAAACACAUUCUGGAGUGCCGCUGAGGAUGGGCUUAUCCGCCAGUAUGACCUUCGGGAGAACAGUAAACACUCAGAGGUGCUGAUUGACCUCACAGAAUACUGUGGUCAGCUGGUGGAGGCCAAGUGCCUCACGGUCAAUCCUCAGGACAACAACUGCCUGGCGGUGGGGGCUAGUGGGCCCUUUGUGAGGCUCUAUGACAUUCGCAUGAUCCACAACCACAGAAAGAGCAUGAAGCAGAACCCUUCCGCAGGGGUGCACACCUUCUGUGACCGGCAGAAGCCCCUUCCAGAUGGCGCAGCCCAGUAUUAUGUAGCAGGUCACUUGCCAGUGAAGCUGCCUGACUAUAACAACCGUCUGAGAGUGCUGGUUGCCACCUAUGUGACCUUCAGCCCCAAUGGCACCGAGCUGCUUGUCAACAUGGGAGGGGAGCAGGUCUAUUUGUUUGACCUGACUUAUAAGCAGCGGCCAUACACCUUCCUCUUACCUAGGAAAUGUCACUCUUCAGGGGAAGUCCAGAACGGCAAGAUGUCCACCAAUGGUGUGUCUAAUGGCAUGUCUAAUGGACUUCAUCUUCACAGCAAUGGCUUCCGGCUGCCUGAGAGUAGAGGACAUGUCAGCCCCCAGGUAGAGUUGCCCCCAUAUCUGGAGCGUGUGAAACAGCAAGCCAAUGAGGCUUUUGCUUGCCAACAGUGGACUCAGGCCAUUCAGCUUUACAGCAAGGCUGUGCAGAAGGCCCCUCACAAUGCUAUGCUCUAUGGAAACCGAGCUGCUGCCUAUAUGAAGCGCAAGUGGGACGGUGACCACUAUGACGCCCUAAGGGACUGCCUCAAGGCCAUCUCCCUAAACCCAUGCCACCUCAAGGCACACUUCCGUCUGGCCCGCUGCCUCUUUGAGCUCAAGUAUGUGGCAGAGGCCCUGGAGUGCCUGGAUGACUUCAAAGGAAAGUUCCCAGAGCAGGCCCACAGCAGUGCUUGUGACGCACUGGGCCGAGACAUCACAGCCGCCCUCUUCUCCAAGAACGACGGCGAGGAGAAGAAGGGAUCUGGUGGUGGAGGGCCAGUCCGCCUCCGCAACACAAGCCGCAAGGACUCCAUCUCUGAAGAUGAGAUGGUGCUACGGGAACGGAGCUACGACUACCAGUUCCGCUACUGUGGCCACUGCAACACCACGACAGAUAUCAAGGAGGCCAAUUUCUUUGGCAGCAAUGCCCAGUACAUCGUCAGUGGCUCAGAUGAUGGCUCCUUCUUCAUCUGGGAAAAGGAGACCACCAACCUAGUCCGCGUGCUCCAAGGGGACGAGUCCAUUGUCAACUGCCUGCAGCCGCAUCCCAGCUACUGCUUCCUGGCCACCAGUGGCAUUGACCCUGUUGUGCGACUCUGGAACCCUAGACCAGAGAGUGAAGAUCUCACAGGCCGAGUUGUGGAAGACAUGGAGGGCGCCUCUCAAGCCAACCAGCGGCGCAUGAACGCGGACCCACUGGAGGUGAUGCUGCUCAACAUGGGCUACCGGAUCACAGGCCUGAGCAGCGGGGGCGCUGGGGCCUCUGACGAUGAGGACAGCUCCGAGGGCCAAGUGCAAUGCCGGCCCAGCUAGAGCGCCUGCCCCCAUUCUCCAGCCCUGCCACUGGCUGGACCCUCCUCCCCGGGCAGGAGGUCAAGGGAUUCUGUUUUGGUUUGUCUUCCCACCCACCCCCAUUUUUCAUUUCCCCUGUUUUGUUUGUUAGUUUGGCAUUGGGGGUGGGGGUUGCUGCAACUUGCUGGCUUUUACACUCUUGGGCUGAUUGUCCCUUGACUUUUCCCAGCCCUGAGCCGAAAGAAGGAGGGGACUGUCCCCUCCAUGUGCCCCCACCUCCUGCUUCCAUGUCCCUGGAAGGCUCUGGCCUGCCUCAGAACCCUUUCUGCCUUGGGGGCCAGGACCGAAGCUAUUAUCAAGGACUGCCUUGCCCUUCAGCGGCAGCAGGAAGGGAGUGGAGCUCCCAGCUGGUGACAGCUAGGCCUGGCCUGUUGCCACUGGCUCUCCUGCCUGCAGGGCUAGCUCUCCUCCCUCCCAUGGUCUUCAGGGAAGUCCCUCCACAGCCACCAGCAUUAGGGUGGCAGGAAGGGAGGGGGAGCCCCGGGUGGGCAAGGCCAGCCACAUGCCCUGGUGGCAUGCCCCUCGUGGGCAUCAGCUCUCCUGCCCAGGCCUACUCACGCCGGCCACCUCUGGGGACCCUUCCCUUUCUGAGGGACCUGCACCCACGUGGCCACGUGUGCACCCCCGGCCACUCUCCUAGGGCGCUCCUUGGCCUCACUGUGACCUUUCUGCCAGAGCUCCCAGCCAGGCCGGCUCUGCCCUCUCUGCCCUCUUUCCCACCCCACAUGCUGAGCCGCCACAAAGACCAAAGAAGUGAUGGCUUUUCUAGGUCCCCCGCUGCUCUGGGGAGAGGGGGUGGGAACGUCUCCAGCUCAGUCCCCUCCCUCCUCAGCAGCCCCAAGCUUUACACUGGAUGCAGCAGCGGCCACCCCACCAAGCCCCCCCUUUCCCUCUGCCCCCUUGGCUCCUAGCUCAGGAGCCACUUGGGUAGUUGGUUCAUCCUCCCUCCCGUCUCCCUCCCCAUUUCCCUCCGUGCUUCCUUGGCUCCAGCCCUCCAGCUGCAGCCUCUGGGGAGAAGCAGCCUCCCUUCCUCCCUCUCUCCCUCCGCCCUCCCUCACCCCUGUCUCUGCCAGGUGCCUCCUCUCAGUCAGCUUCAGAGCAGCCCUGGAGACAGGAGGGCCAUGUUAAAAGCUUUUUCACAGUUUUAAGAAGACAGGGAGGGGGGCGAAACUAGUGGUGGGGGGGUCUGGCGCCAUCUCAUUGCUUUAAUCCCAGCGACACAGGUGGCAGCUUCUCCCCCUGCCUGCCCACCCCAGUCCCCCUUCCCACCCCUCUUCUUCUAGCUUGGUAAUGAAGUAUAUUUAUUGGUGAAGGGAACAGCUGCUGCUGCUUCUCCCGCUGCUGGGACUCGCUCCCCUGUCUCUUCUCCAUGACCUUUCUCUAGCUGGGGAGUGGGGAUAAUGGGGCUAGCCCCUGGGACAAAAGAACUGGCCAGGGCCCCUUUGCUUUCCUGUGUUCCAGCCACCCACCAUUUCUUCCCUCCCUGCCUCCUGCCUCCCACCUCCCACCCCUGCCUGCCCAGCCUGGGCCCUGCAGUGUGGAGAGACACAGAAGCCUUACUGUCCUCUGGGGCAGGAGCCGAGCCUUUUUGUUGCUCUGCUCCCAGGAGAGUGAGGGUAACGCAAUUGAUUAAAACCAUUUUGUUCUA